AUGUCAGCACCGCCAGUGGCCAACGAUUCCUCUCCCCCGAUGCUCUUGGGGGAUCCCACCGUGCGCCACGCAGUCAAGGUCACCACUGGGGUGGCUUUCGGCUUCAUCUUCCUGACCGGGGUGACCGGGAACGGGGUGGUGUUGUGGGUCACCGGGCUGAAGCUCCGCUGGACGUCCAACACCGUCUGGUUUUUCAACCUUGCCUUGGCCGACCUGGCUUCCACCUCCCUCAUCUUUGUCACCGUGUUGAACUUGGCCCUUGACCUGGAUUGGCCGUUUGGAUCCGUGGCCUGCAAAGUGGCCAAUUGCCUCUUUGGACUCAGCCUCUGCAGCGGGGUACUGCUGCUCAGCUCUAUCAGCGUGGACCGCUGCGUGCUCGUGGUGGCCCCUGUUUGGUGCCAGAACUACCGUACCCCGCGGCUUAUCUGGGCAGCUUGUGGAGCCCUCUGGCUGCUCUCCUUAGCCUUCUUCGUCCCCACCUCUUACUUCUUCACCGAGACCUUGAUAGAGAAGAACCGGACCUCCUGCAGCAACCUGGAUGUCUUCCAGGACUGGCAGGAAGCCGAGGUCCUCACCAUCUGCAUCUUUCUCUACCAGUUCCUCAUGCCCUUGCUUGUCAUCUCCAUCUCCUACACCAUUCUGGUGGUGACCAUGCGCAAGAAGAAGUUUAACAAGUCCAGCAAGCCUUUCUUGGUGGUCACCAGGGUCGUCUUCUGCUUCUUCCUCUGCUGGCUGCCCUACCAUGCCCUGGCGCUGGCCCGGAUCUCCAUGACUGUCGUUCCGGAUGUCGUGCGCAUGGUCGCCAUCCCUCUCUCCAAGUGCCUGGCCAUGUUCAACAGCUGCAUCAACCCUUUGCUCUAUGUGUUUGUGGGGCAGGAGUUCCAGGACGCGGUGAGGCGAUCCCUGCUGCUGGUCUUCAAGACGGCUUUCGAGGAGGCGCCAAUAGCAGCCAAUAUUUGAAA